UCGGGUGCGAAUUUUCUCCAGGCGUGCCCUAAACCAGGGGAGGAGAAGGGCAGGGAAGAGCGCACGCGGCGGAGUUCUUUCCGCCGCUUCGUCUCUCGUCCAAGAUUCCAAAUCUUUGGAAAUUUCCUCAUUUUGACCAUUUUUGUGACUUGUAGAUCUUUUAUUCUUUGUAGAUUCAAAUUUUCCGCUCUCCUAUUCUUGGAGAUCCCUGAUUCUCGCAGAGGCGGCACAACCCUGAGUGACUCGGUUAUGUCUCCCAUUGACUCCUCGUCGUCCCCGGCCUCCCGCCAGUUCGCAGCUCCACCGCCGCCGCAGGAUGGCGAAGAUCGCGCUUGCGGUGCAAAUUUGACCGGAAAGAAGCCGGCCUGGAAUGUCCAGAUGAAUGGGGCGAGGAAUGGUGCAAGCGUGAUCAGUGACGGUUCCUGGCCUGCUCUAUCCCAGUCCGCUACAGGGAUCUUCAAAUCUUCGCUAUCGGACGCCACCAAGCCGAUCCAGGAUCAAUUGAUCUCUGCGCCCUUAGGUUCUGUUAUGACGGCAUCUCAGCCAGUACCAUAUUUUCCCCUCCAUGAUCCUAGUUCUAGCCCAAGCUUGCUGAAACCCGAUGCAAAACUUAACUCGGUGAAUACGGGUGAUUAUGUCUGUAGCACUGGUGUGCCAGCCAUUGUUACACCUGAGCCACCUCAACUGGCUGCUUUGGAGCAGAGGACUAAAAUUUGUUUAGAUGUAGUUUCAGACUCUUCUCUCAAGAACCCCCCUAAGGGGAAAAACAACUGGGAUAGGAAUCUGGGCGGCAGCUUUGCACCACAGAACCGUAACACUACUGAUCACUACGGUAGGUAUAAUGGAAUCAGGAGGACACAAAAUGGUGGUCGGGUUUCCCACCAGGGAGGCUAUGGGAAACGACAGGACCACAAAUUGGGACGUUAUGAAAGGAAUUUACCCCCACAUGCAAAUGUGCUACUACCUCCACCGCCUGGUUACUUCAGGCAUUUCAUUCGGGCACCUCAACCUGCCAUGGCACCUUUUUUUCACAUGCCAGUGCAGGUUCGCCCUCUUGUAGAUCCCAUGGGCUACCCCGAAGCUCCUAUGUAUUUUUUCCCACCACCUCCACCGCCUGAGAAACUGAGAAAUGUCCCUUUCGUCCGUCAUCAAGCACCAUCUACAAUAGUCAGGCCGGUGGAUAACUUGCAACUUAUGAUACUGAAACAAAUCGAGUACUAUUUCAGUACUGAAAAUUUAUGCAAAGACUUUUUUCUGAAAACUAGCAUGGAUAACCAGGGAUGGGUUCCUGUCUCCUUGAUAGCAGGCUUUAAUCGAGUGAGUAUCACUUUUUUGUUAUCUUGUUCUUGCUUGCUCACUUAGCUCAGUACAAUAUGUUUCCAUGUG